GUGAGGAAUCCGAAGCCCUCGCGGUGUCUCUUGGUACGAUUAUUUAACCGAUUUUUCACUUUGUAAGUAGUAAAUAAUUUUUGGCUCGCUGGAACGGGCUUUCGGAACUCGUGCGAUCUCGCCCCGUUCUUCUCAUUCCGGGGGGCUUGUUCGUUUGGCAAAUUAUUUUUUAUAUUAAAACCGCGAGCGGUGGUGGGAGGAAGAAUCGAAAGAAAAGUGAAAUCGGCGAGCUCGAGCAACCGUUUGGAGCUGGCGCAGGUGAUCGUCGGUCCGUCGAAGGUCGGAACGCAAGUGCCGAAAGUUUACCGUGGACGUUGAGCCGGCUCUUUUCUCUAAAUUUAUUUUUCCGACCUUCGGUCGGCGGCAGGCUUCCGACAGACGACGCCCGGGAAAUUCGAGCGGCGAGAAAUUCGCUCGAAUCUCCACACUCCGAACGGAAAAUAUAUUCGAUGCUAAUGUUUCGAUGGAAACGGAGUAAAAAACGAUCGGAAAGGGAGAAGAAAGUGAAAGAAACACGAAACGAUGCUACACGAAAAUAUAAACUUCAAAUGCAAAAGGAAAAAACACACAAAAAUAAACAAAAGAAAAACUAAAAUUUAAAUAAGAAUUGUUACGAGAUUGGUUUUUGUUGAAUAGUUGUAAGAUUUUUGUAAUGACGCUAACUAGAAUUUAUUAUCGUCACGUAAAUGAUACGGAGAUUGAUUAAGCGAGACGAGAAAUGCGUUGAAAGAUCAGAAACUCUAUGUACGACGAAAAUAAGGGGCGAAAUGAAUUAAAAAAACGGUAUAGAGACGAAUGUUGGACGCGAAGGGAGACUGGCAACUUCGUCGAGAAAACACUGACGAAGAAGAGGAGUGCAGAAGGAGAAAGAACGAUGCUACAAUAGUGAUUUAUCUCGCAAGUUUUUGGCCGUUAUUCAAUACGUAGCGAACGGUAUUUGCGAUUAGCGCCUUCUCGAGAACGUCAUACCAAGAACCUGCUGAAUUACGGAGCCGAGAAAUAUCGUGCAUUUGAAAAAAAAAAACACGGGCAACGGUCGCCAAAAGCAACAGUUUUUAUUGCACGUUUCUUAAGGAUGUAUUUUCCCAACGAGCACUCCGCAUUUUGUCACAACUUUCGCGAAUUCGUGGGUCGAUUUUUUCUUGAACUUUGAUGAAUCCUCGACGCGAUCGCGAAGCGGAUUAUUUCUCAUGAUUACUCGACUUUUGUCAACAUAUCGAUCCGAACGUUUGUCCCUUUAAACGCUCGGGAAAUCAACGGUCCAGAAGCGGAGUCCAAUUAUUGAAUAAACACGUUUUUUAAUAACUUUAUCGAAUAAUUUUUGUAGCUUCGAAGCUAACGCCGAAGCGACGGUCUCAGUUCCUCUCACCAUUUCGCGAGUUUCAUUUGCGGACGAGAAUUUCGUUUGCACGAUUAUAUUAUGACAAUUGGAUCCCGGAAGAUAUAUCCUUGAGAAUAAAAAGUCGGGGCUCGAGCUAACAGGAUUUGACCGAAAAUGCUACGCUUUUCCUCUAGUUCCUCACAGAUGUCUCUCCUUCGCUCUCUGACUUCCACCAAUUUAUCAAACUUUUAUGAGAAUAUUGAGACCAGUAGACGCUAAGAACCCCCACAAGUUUAAAUCGAGAGAAACUGAGCGGCUUUGCUCGAACGAGAUUCCUCCAAGGAAAGAAACGUCAAGCGCUUCGAGAAUACAACAUUUGAAAAGCCUCAUUCUUCUCAACUUUGUCAAAUAAAACGAAGCCACUGUCGAGCAAUCGAUACGAUCAGCCAUUGAGGAAGCUCCGAUGCCACUUUCAAUGCUCUCCAAUGAUCCCUGUGUAAUGUUAAUCGUCGCGGUGAAAACGGUCAUUGUUCUUCCUUGAAUAUUCCGUUCGGUGGAAUAAAAAGAGAAUUUUCGCGAUGCACUAAUUCGAUGAAAUCUCCAACGAAAUCGAUAAAUUUCAGUGCAUUCACAGCUGAAAGAACGCCAUCGAAUAACCGAUUAAAAAAUGAUGAGUGAGUUUUAUCUCGUCAUUCGAUCGAGCAAAACCUCUCGUGAGUUUAUUCCCAGAUUGAUGUUCUCCGAACUCGACGCCUCAAAAUCCCACGAUUAAUAUUUUUGUAAAAUAGUUGAUUCGCUGAUACGCGGAGACGCGAAUAAACGAUUAAUCAAAAGGAGUUGCCCAAUGAAUUAAUCUCGUUGCGUUCAAGGGAAUAUCAAUCGCCGUGGAUGCGAUCGCGAUAAAAAAGGCCGAUCGAUCCCAAUGCACCAACCGCUGGAAGCAAAUGACACAAAAUUGUUUCGCUUUCGGGGUUUAUUUUUAUGGAAAUUCGACGAAUGAGCUGAGCGCGGAGCUUCCUCAACGACGAGACGAAACAUCACUAAGCAGCCAGACGAAAAAAGCACGAAACUCAAACGGUCAUAAUUCCAUCGAGUGACAAUAUUGAUAAGAAAUUUUUUAUAUAUAUUAUUACAUAGCGAUAUAAAAAUUGUUCACUAAAAAAAAUCUCAUAUAGACUGCACCAAAGUACAAUUAAUAAAAACCUCAAGGAGUCUCGUUGAGUCGGGGGAUUGUCGGAUAAAAAGGUGGUUAGAAGUCGAGAGUCGAGCUCCGCGCGUAAUUUUAUCAUGAAAAUACAUGUAAAUCGUAGCUCGCUGGACUGCCGGAGCCGUAACGAGCUUUUGUCACUCGGAGUAGAGACGUACGAAGCGCCAGGGAGGUGGGAGCAGGCUAAAUCGAAACGAAAUAUGAAUAAGGCUAAAACGUAGUUUUAACGAGAUGAAAAACCAUGUGCGCAAUCUCAAGCUUAGCUAGGCCGUUGUAUACGUAAAUGACAGACAUGACAGCUUAUUGUCAGUGUCACGAGAGGUGGAGAGACUUCUGUUGGAAGAGCCCGAGGCGUUUCGAUCCGAAGGACACAUAUUGCGGGUCCGCUCGCUCAGACAUUUCAUACUUGAUGCAUAUCGACGACAAUGAAUUAUCGAUUAUCGAAUUACGAUUUUUCUGCAUAUCCAUAUCCCCGCGAAGCUCCAUUUUCUCCUCCGGUUACCUGCGCUCCGUCGUACCUCGACGCGCUGACAGUUUAACGAGAAACAUCCUUUUUCUUGCAUGCGUUCCUUCCAUUUUCUAUGCUCUGCAUUACAGACAGUUUAAUAAUCAAAUGCUGAUAUAAUAAGGCGAAACGGUUGAGAAUCCGCGAACGAGCGAUGCGCACACCUCGCUCAGGAGCGAUGCUCGAUCAACGAAAAAACUCAACUCCGUGCUCUUAUUUAAACUAAGCUCAAACAUUGUUUCGAUUAUUCUUUACGAUUGAAAAUCCAAUUUGCAAAAAUAUAUCAACUAUCGAUUAAUCGUUUGAAUAACUAUUUUAUCAAUUCUUUCGAAAAGACUACGAAUACUUUGGAGAGAGAGAGAGAGAGAGAGAGUGAAUCGCGCUUAGCUCCGAUUCAGCUUCGUCUCGCACGCGAAUAAUGUUGAAUCAAUCGCGGACCGCGAAGAUCGCGAAAUGGGGAGUGACGAAGGCCAACUCGUCGAAAUCCAACGGCGAGAGAAUUCUCAUUGAAGAAACUCCGGAACGCCCGAAAUCCUCGAGAUCGCGGGACUAAGGUGCAGAUGAAAUAAUUAUAAUUUUCAAUCAAAUCGAUAUUACAUGAUCAAUAGACGAAUUAAUCGUUGUUAGCGAGAGCGAGAUGAAGAAACUCAUGCGAGAGCAAAACACAAAUGAAGAAACGAGUUAUACAUAUCUUUAUGAAAUAGUAUUCUGCGGCGCGGCUGUUGUGCAGGGGCGAGAGAAGAAUCUUUUAAGUGUGCUGAGAGAGUGCAUGAGGAGGAAGGUAUUAAGGGGUCUACCCCAAUUAGACGACCAAAAAAAAAUACUAUUUCCACGAAUUUGUUUUGACCGGUAUAAAUUAGAAAAAUGGAUAUAAAAAGUGUUGGGCCUAAAAAAUACACUCUCAAAAUAUACGAAAAAUUAUUUUUUUAUGUUUAUUUUACUCAGUUUUCGUACAGAAAAAUGGGGGAGAAGACAAGUCCAAAAAAAAGGUGGGUGUGCGCUGUCGAUAAAAUCUCUGGAAUGGGUGAUCGGAGAAAAAAAGUGAUUUUAGAUUCAAUGGGUAAAUGGCUGUAGCGCGCAACAUAAGAUUUUUUAUUUUCACAGAAAUGACAAAAUGCCGGCGAUUUUUCUAAAAACUACGAAAGAGCACGUUUUUUCAUCGUUUUUUGGAGAAAAAAAAUAGCUCCACUCGGAAUUUCAAAAUUCGUAUGAUACGCGCUAGUCACGAAGAACAUGGGUGAAAUUUUGGUAAGGAACGGUCGAAUAGUUUCGGAGAUUUGAUCAACGAGCCAGCGCGUACCAGCGCGCUCAAACAGCCGAGUGAACGUCGCUCAAAAGUGCACUUGGACUGCUCAGAUCUUGAUGAAAUUGAAGUAUGAUACUUUUGAAUACGUAUACUUUGGAAAAAUGCAAUAAAAAAAUCGAUUUUUUGAUAAUUCUGAUCGGGCUAGACCCCUUAAAAGGAAGAAAUUGUAUGAAUAAAUGGUUAUUAAAGAGAGAGAGAGCGAGAGAGAGAGAUAUCUUCUGAUUUUCGGGGCCAAUCGGAGUCGAGGGAGACCGCGUGAUCCCUCAGACACGUGCUCACUCUGCUAUUUUAUUGUUAAACAAAGAAACAUUGAAUAAAAAUAACAAAAAUUACGAGUCAACGUGUUGUUAAAUCCUUCGUUCAAGCGAAACGAGCACGCACGUGGGCACGCGCAUGAGAACGGAUGAAUAAUUACGAGGCGACGCACUUCGAAUCUCCGUGACCUCGAUUAUCGCAAUUUCCCAUUCGUCUUCAUCCCUCGUUCCAGGAGAUCACUGAAGCAACCGUUGUGCGCGUUGGUUUUCAAAGUUCUUUCAAUUCCUUCGAAUAGCUACUCGCUUCUAAAUUCAAAUCACUAAAAACCGAUGGAGCACGAAUGUUUUCGUUGGCUGACGCCGGAGAUCUCGGCCAGCGAGCCACGCGAGCUCCAUUAUUUCUGAAAAAAACUGACAAAUUCCCUCCACUUUAUCGUUCGCAGCUCAGCUCGCAACGAGGUGCUUCCAGAACGUUUUUUCACUGUAUCGAUUUUGCUCAACGCGAUGAUUUUUGUUUGGGAGAACGAUGCGGCGAAGGAACGUUAAACUCAUGAUUGGGGCGAAGCUCGAAAAAUUAUUGCCGAUCUACGCAGGCACUCGGUUUCUCCAAUUAUCUUCAUGGUUUGAUGGGGCGAGGAACGAAUUAGGGUUGAGCGAGAUUCGAGAAGGCGUCCAAUUCGGGCGGACCGUCGCGUGUCACGUUCCAAGCGAUUUUUUCACGCUUUGCGUUUUCAGACGCGGCGCGACCGCCAGGCGCGUGUAUUUUUUCGUAAAAUUUUCACUUACGCACGAUUUUUCGCAUUCGAAUUAUUUUUCGUAAGCUUCUAUUUGGAUGAAAAAAAAAACGUGAAAAAGCAGGAGAAAAAAAUGAAAAAAUAAAAAGUAACGAUACAAGUUUGCAUGCUUCGGGAUGUGGACACGAGAGCAAUUUUACAGAUACGCUCAGCAUACGUUAAUCUAUUAUUAACCUCUGUAGGGAAAACAAAAUCUGCGUGCGGAAAAUGCGCGUUUGUUAGCUCAGAAAUAGCCGGAUACAUAAUCCCCCUCGAAGCUCUCAGGUUUUACCUCCACUUAGGGCUGCCACUUGAGCCCUCGCUCUAAACAGGAACGUUCGCUGAUGUUGUUAAUUUUAUUCUCGUAUUACGCGAACACUCGUGGCGAGCUCCAGCUCACUUUUAAUAGAAAAUGCAACGAUCUUGAAUCUCGUCCUUUGGCUGCUUUAUUUUUACUUAAUCAAAAGUAAACGGUACGGAUGACGACCCGGUCACCGGGUCAAGGAUUGCGGGCGACUAUGAAAUUCUUUAAGCUCGUUAAUCGGUUCGUAUUAUCAGAUCGAAAGAAAUUAUUCUAAUGGCAGAACGACGACUCUCAUCUUGGCUUUUCUCUUCUUCAUUAUUCUUUAUCUCCGUUCUUAAAUAAACACCAGACUGAUGCAAAUUUGAAUUUACGAAAAUUUCAAGUGUCUAGAACUUCAAAAUUCCUUUCUUCAAUUUGACCAUUUUUCUAUGAUAAAAGCUGAUUUUUCAAUUUUUUAAACGACUGCAAUCGAUUACUAAGGAAUUGUUACCCCUUAAAAGUCUCGAUGUAAAAUUAAUUCCGCAUGCAUUCAUGGAUGAAAUAAAAAGUUUCGAACAGUCCAAGUGCAAAUUUGCACCUCUGCUGAGUGUGUGACCUGGUUCAUGAAGUGUCAUACAAUCCCUACGAUAAUUUGACGGACGAUUUUUCGUCUGGAACGUUCCGUGGUGUCCGGUCCUUACGAUUGUGGAAAAUCCGAUUUUCUGAUGAGCGUUCUGUUGAUUUUGAUUGUCAAUAGCUCCUUCAGACCUUCGUUGAACCCACUUUUUAUCAUUGAUUUUGGAACAUUUCUGUACUCGAGUGCACUGAGAAAAAAAUGUCAUUGGAACAACGAAAUGUGGCAUUACGAGGUGCCAAUUAAAUAUGUGAUCAUCACAAUGUUAAAAAUGAUUAAACGAAUAAAUUAAUUUUGGAUCAAACUGCAGAUUCAUUCUCUCCAAAAACAUUGCAGUUAAAUGAAGAAAAAUCUUCUAAAACAUCUCGCAAUUGCUAUUGAAUCGACCAUUUUUUUUCUCAGUGCGUGGUUUAGAACUGUUCUAUUUUGAAUAUCAGACCAAAACUGAAUUUCCGUAUCAAAACAUUUUCUCUCAUUAAGAACGCUUGACAACAGGGAUGUUUCAAAAUGGAGUAGUUCCGAUCACCAAUAUUUAUCUCACCCAAAUCCUCAAGAUCAAGGUCAUUAGUGAAUAAAAUUCAUCAUCCAACGAAGCAUUUGAGAAGAGAAAAAUAAAGAUCAGAGGCUUCGUCUCCUCUACAAAAAUGAUGGAACCACACGAAGUUUUCUAUUCUAUAAAAUCUCAUUGGAUCCAAGUUUGGGAGCUCUCAAUGUAGGAGAAGAAGCCAAAGUCAAAGAUACAAGUGGGAAAAAGACUCUCGCAGCAUUUCCGAUUCGUUGAAAUAUCUAGCGAUAAUAUUACCACUGUAAAUGACAAAUUGACGCGUUAAGUUGUUAGCGAUCGUUCUCGGUCCUCGUUACGCUAAUAUUUUAUUGAUAUAUACAUAAUAUAUAUUUGUACAAUACGUUUGAGCAGCUGUAUUAUCGAUUGAUUGUUCCCCAAUGUAAUUGGCUCUGAUGGGCGAGCGCGUGGACGGUGUUUGACGAGAACUCGAAGAAAAAAAUAAUUUUGAAUAAACUAGGGGGGUCGAAAACUCGACGAGAUUCUCCGACACUGUCCUGCGGGGUACGAGGGGCCAAGAUUCGUCAUCUCGGCUUCGAGCUUUGGUGCGAUAUUUUCUUUGAGCUUCCGAACGACGUGGAGCGAUGAACGAACCAAAAGUUUGGGAAAAACUUGGAAAACUCAAAUGAGAGCUCAGCUUCUCUUUCACUCUGUAACGAAAAUGUUAAAACGAUGUUUGAGGAGACGGCCGAGAAGCAAAAUUCAGCUCGAACGACACGAAUGAGGGACACUUAAAAGCACAUAUCAAAGGGAGCCAAGUUCAGAUGGAGUCUGUAAAAACGAAUGCAUUGUACAGAAAAUGGAAACAAAUAAAUAGGAGAAUAUCGACGGAUGUGUGUGUGUGUGUGUUGAGCGUUUAGUAGGGAUUGUAAAUUAUAUGAGAAUCGAUUGAAAUACGAAUGAAAAUAAAGUUUAAACAAUACCAUCCCGCACGCUUGGCACGACCAAUUGUAUUGUUCCGACGAAAAUGUUACUCUCAAUCGCAUCUACUGUUGUAUUCGCUCGUUCAAAUUCCCCUCGAAUUUCAACGGACGAAUCAGUUGAAUUGCAGUUACGAUGUUGCAAGCGAUGACGAAUAAUUGAUUAAACAAAAAUGGACAAACGAAGAGAAAAAAGUAAACGAGAUGAACAAAGUUGUAGUUGUAAAGUUAUUUAAUGAAUUAUACGAUCUUGAUUCUCUUGCCAGCAUAUCGAACGUCGACGACUCCUUUUUCAUUCUCUGCUCCCAAUUUACAUCCCCCAUUCACUUUUCACUAUUGUUUUUUUCAGCCGGUUUUGCGACGAUCCGUUUUUUUUUUUUUUUAAAUGAACAAUGCUCUUCAAUCAGUUGCGCUACACUGCGGAAGAAUUCGUGGCGAAGAGAAUGAAAUUUGUUGGUCCAGCAAAACUUUUGUUGAUUCGAUCGUGUCUUCUUGGUGAGCGAGUCCCAUUCGAGCCAGCAAAUCGAGUGAUUGGAUCAACCGAACUUCUGGCGUGGGGUAACCUUCCACUCGCCACGAUUUGGUGGAGCAACAGAAAUUUUGGGAAUCAACAAACCUUUUUCUCCACCAAGUUUUGUGGGAUUGAGAAAUUUCUUGAUAGACCGACUCGUUGAAUGAACGAAUUGGGGGGAAGCCGAUAUUGAGGAAUCUAAAACUAGUUUGUCAACCGAUUUUGUUAAAUCAACGAAUAUCCUAUUUAUCGUGAAUCAACAGAUUUCCGAAUCAAUUGAAUUGUCGAACCAACAAGUUUUUAUCUCCCCGUUUUAGUAAAAAGUUUCACCGUCAUAACCGGAAAUAAUUUUUUCCAUAAAUCCACAUUUCAGUGAUGACGAACCCGGUAAAAGGUCAAAAAAUAUUUGCCAGUGACUUCGCUUUUUCGUCAUCGACCCACUCGCACGUCGCAUCAGUCUCGGUCGAAACAUCAAAGAAAAAUCAAUGAGAUAUCAUCCAGUAAAAAAUUUGCUUACUCGAACUGGCCUGAGUCGAGUUUUCGCUUCCGGUUGUUGAUAAAUGCGAAAAAUUUGAGGUCCCGUGUCACAGUCGUAUUUUUACAAGCUUACAAUAAAUUCUUUUGAUUUGAGCCGCGCGUGUAAGUCGCAAAGUUGUAAAGCAACGAUGACGACACGCUCGAGGAUGUUUGUCGAAGGCAGAAUUCGUGCGGAUAAUACGUAAAUCGGGCGAAACCGAUUCGAUCGAGGGGGGAUCGCGCUCGAGUAGCAGUACGACGGUCCAUAAGCGAGGAGGAAAAAGCGCCGGUGAUGGUGGGUGGUUGGCUUUGUAUAUGAAGAACAAACACGUUGGGAGCCAAUGGAGAAGAAAGGGUGGUUCGUUCAAAUGUUUGUCUUAUAGGUUCCUGUACCCCGAAGGGAUGCUGGCUUGUGUUUCUGCAACGAGAGCCCAUAUCGUUUCCUCCGAGCGUGUUAUAGCCGCCUUUUUCUCCGACGACCAAUCCCCGAAUACCGCGAGCUCCGAAGACCACACCAUUAGAUAAAAUCUCGAUGCGCAAACGUGUUCGAACUCUUUAUCAAAUACAAUUGUUCCCUUUUAUUUCAGUCGUCGAUUAACCGUCGUCCAAACUUUCCAAAGGCGAGAUUUCACUGUUGAUGGGAGAGGCGAAGACUCUUUGUGAUUUUCCAUUCGAUUAAAUUCGAAUUGAUCCUUUGCUGGGAUUAUAUAAUUGAAGAAAGAGAAAACUGGAGCUUCAGUGAUGUGCUUAGUUACCCGAAGUUUGUCAUUGUCCAAGGAUGCUCGAGGUUUUCAUGUUUAUCUUUGAAAAAUUGAGCUAAUUUUGAGUGAAAUAUUGAAAAAAAUAGGAAAUAUAUCAUCGUUGGAGAAAGCAGGAAGGAAAUGUUGCGUGGAAAAUCGAAAAAAUCGGACCACGAGGAUCACGGGGACGAGUGCAAACAGCGAAGACCGAAGUGUGCACGCUGCAGAAAUCACGGACUUAUCUCCUGGCUCAGAGGACACAAGAGGGAAUGUCGAUACAGAGAGUGCAUGUGUCCAAAGUGUUCUUUGAUCGCUGAGAGGCAACGUGUUAUGGCAGCUCAAGUCGCGUUGAAACGGCAACAAGCUGCCGAAGACGCUAUUGCACUCAGCAUGGCAAAAGUCGCAACGGGACAAAAACUGGAUCGUCUUCCACCCGGAAAGAUUUUCGGUAUGGCUGUAACCGAACCGAACUCUUCGAGUCUCUCAACUUCGAUUGUUACUGCUGAAUCAGCGGUCUCAUCGGACGACAAAGUUCCUUCGGCGAUGGAAAACGAUGGUGAAGCAAAGAUCGAGGCUCCUGCGUCGAUGCCUGAGAAUUCGACGAUUCGAACUGCUGUUCAAAGUCCAGUGGUGGGAGAAGAUUGUACAAAGAAUGAGACGAGUGGAGGGUUCGGUGUGAGGAAACGAGCGGAGCCAGGGACCGAUGAAGGGAGCAAAGAGCCGAAUCCCGUUUCGCCAACGUCAGUGGAAACGUUGGCUCGAUUGUUUCCAAGCACAAAGUUAUCGGUAUUGCAGUUGGUUUUGCAGCGCUGUGGUCAAGAUUUGUUGAAAGCGAUAGAGUACUUUGCGAGUGAGAGUGGAAUAGUGAAUCCGUCGUCGCGGACCUCGGCGUUCCGUCCGCCGCAGGCCGGAUUAGCGGAAGCGAGAACGAGCAGCGAUUAUCCAUCGAGUAUAUUCCCAUUGCCACCGAUAUACUCGAAUCUCUCGCGGAAUCUGUACGGCGACGGUUACUGUUUGCUCAACAUUGUGCCGGAUCAGCUAUCGCGUGGUCUCGUCUCCGGUGAUUUGACGGGAGCGUGUCCGGCCCACGGUUAUCCGAGCGCGAAAGCUUCGAGCUCUCACGAGCAGGACAACAGCGUGGCAUUCAGUGUCCAGUACAACAACUACUUCAAUUCGAGUGUCCAGCAACAAUUGCGCGAGCAUACGAAUCGCAGCGGAUUGCUUCACUUGCCUCCGGUCAUGCCAGGAAUCCCUUGCGUCCAACCGAACUGCACGCAGUGCUACAAAUUUAUGUAAAAAUGUCAUUUAAAAAGUGGUCAAAAAUCGAGUUAUUCUAAAGUUAAAUUCAACGAUAUUCGUAGUUUUAAAAAAAAGCAUACAAUUUUCUAUUUC